UAUAUAGUAUCUCUUUUUUUUUUUUUCUUUGUAGAUCUUCUUGUUGGCUCUUAGCGACCAUUAAUUCUGUGUAGCUUCCUAGUCGGGGCAGGGACUCAACUAUAUAUUCAGCAUUUCUACUAUUUGUCAAAAGGAGAGAUCAUGGUGAGCGUAGGUUACUUUAAGGAAUUAUGGGUGGACUGGAACAUCGAAGUGCUAGUACUAGUAAGCUUUGUCUUGCAAAUCAUCCUCACCAUCUUUGGUAGCCGCAGAAGAUACAUUCCUGGCAUUGGUAUAAGAUUUGCAGUAUGGUCAGCUUACUUGCUGUCCAAUUAUGUUGCAAAGAUUGCUAUAGGCAAGCUCACUGACAUAGAUACCAAGCAAUUUGAUCUGAGUGAACAGAAACUGAAAGGGUUGUUGGCACCACUGAUCUUUGUGCAAAUUGGAAGCCCGGAUACCAUAACUGCCCUCUCAAUCGAAGACAAUCGUCUGGGAUUGAGGCAAUUUCUUGGCCUACUCAUCCAAGUAGGUGUGGUAAUUUUGAUCAUUGUUCGGUUUUGGAAUAAGCACUCUUCUUUCUCAUUUCUUUUCUUGCUAAUGUUUUUGGCCGGUAUAAGUAAGUAUGGAGAGACAGUAUGGGCUCUGAGUACAGCACUCACAGGUGAAUCUGGCAUAAGUAUUUCAGAAUUUGAUCAAGAAGAAAAUGUUCCUACUUUAUUACGACAAUUACCAGAAAGCAUUCCUGGUGUGGAAUUGAUCUUAAAGGCAUAUUAUCGGUUUAGCUGUUUGAAGCCUCAUCUUGAGAAUUGGCUCUACAAGCCCUUAUAUGAGUCUCUUCCAUGGAUGUCGAUUGAUGGAUAUUCAGCUGAGGAUGUCUUUAGAAUUACAGAUUCUGAACUUGGCUUCAUGUAUGAUGUGCUCUAUACGAAGGCACCUAUUAUAUAUACAUGGCAAGGUUGUAUUCUCCGUAUCAUUAGUUUCUUGAGUUUAGUUUCUACAUUAUGUGGAUUAGCAAUCUUAUCUAGCCAUGCCUCUGCUAAAGUUAAACUUCAAUAUCUUGUAUUCACCUAUGUGUUGCUGAUUGGAGGAGUUGUUCUUGAGCUUUAUCAGAUCAUACUACUACCUUUCACAGAGUGGGCAAUACUCAAAAUGAUGAGGUACCAUAACAUGCCAGCGGUGAUGCAAUGCUUGCGAGUACUUGGCCCAAAGUCAAGUGAGUGGAAAAGAUGGUCCAAUUUGUUGGGACAAUUCAAUUUGUUGAGCUUUUGUCUUCAUGACAAGCAUUUGAAAUAUAGUAGGAUCAUCAAGUUUAGUGGCAUCGACAUGGAGCUAAGAAAGACCAGGAGUAGGACACGUGUGGAAUUCCCUAAGAAAUUGAAAGAACUUAUAGUUCAUGAAAUGAAAGAGGUAGAUAAUGCAAGAAAUGCAAAGCCUGUCACACAAAGAGGUCAUUGGGCACUUGAAAGGCAUGGAUGCCUCAACGAUGAAUUCAAAUGGAGUGUCAAGAGAGAUUUUGAUAAGAGCAUUACCAUAUGGCACAUUGCAACAGACAUUUGUUACCAUUCAGAUGUUCAAUAUGGUGUUACAAACUCUCAAAUUGAGAUGGGUAAAUUGUUAUCAAACUACAUGAUGUAUGUUCUUGUAAUGCGCCCUCACAUGUUUUACUCCACCACAGCAAAUAUCAUAUUCCAACAUACCUACACCGAACUCAUGAUAUUUUUAAGAACUAGACCAUCCUUAGUAAAAGGUGAAGGAGAAGCUUGUAGGAUUUUCAGGACGGAAGAACUUCCUGAAGAAUCAGACUUGGAUAAAAGAAAGGAAACCGUGGUCACAUCUGAUUGGCAUGUACUAAAAGAUGCACAAAGACUCGCCAGGAGUUUGAUGAGCAAGGAGAACAAAUGGAACAUCAUUUGCAGCGUGUGGGUGGAGAUGUUGUGCUAUGCAGCAAGUAACUGUCCAAUGGAGUACCAUGCUGAACAACUAAGGCGAGGUGGGGGUUUGAUCACUCAUGUUUGGCUUCUCCUAGCCCACAAAACAGAUAAGUUCUAUACCAGUGAUUAA